CGUCACUUAGAAGAUAUCUACGACUUGUGUUGGUCACCAGACGGUCGUGGACUUAUUUCUGGAUCCGUUGAUCAUUCUGUUAUAAUCUGGCAACUGGAUUUGGAAUCAGUGUGUCUAUCCAGUGGAUCUGCAUCGAACAAUGCAGUGCCGACCGGCGCUGGGACCACAGUAUCAACAAACAGUACCAUGGUAACCAACACUGAAAAGGCUGAGUCAGUACCCACAAACCCCGGCACGGACUCCGCACCCAUCUCCUCCACCACUGGUCCCGGAGGCACAAAAAACCUGAUUGUACGUGAUCACAAACAUUAUGUGCAAGGUGUCACGUGGGAUCCAUUGGGGUUUUAUGUGGCCAGCUUAAGCAGCGAUCGUGCCUGUCGUGUUUACCGGNCUUGUUUGGCUCAUGUAUCAAAAGCCGGGAAGCAGCGGCUGUUUCAGGACGAUUCGUGGAAAUCCUUUUUUCGGCGGCUGUCGUUCAGCCCAGAUGGUCUAUUAUUAGCUUGCCCGGCCGGUAACUUGGAAGAGGCUGUAUUUGCCGGCAGUGUGGCUGCUGCUGCGGCCGCAGCGAUAACCAGUGCCCCGAACGCCAAUGACGAGCCUCAGAUUCCCAUGGUCGCACCGCAGCAUGCUGCUCACAUUUUCCUCCGAUCCAAUUUCACCCGUCCUGUGGUCAGUUUGCCAACCGGCCCUCGUCCCGUG